CCUGAUCCCGCCCCACGUGGCCCCGAGGCAGCCUAGGAGGGCGGCCCGGCGGGGCACCAGUGCCCGCUGUGGCCAGAGCACAGCCAGAGGAGGAGGGAGCACAGCCAGAGGAGGAGGGAUCCCGCAGUGCAGCGCAAUUAGCAUUUGCUGCCGCGCGAUCCACCUACCGCGCCGAUUCCCCCGCGAGAGCGUCCUUCUGUCCCCUGAACCAGCGGGAAUCACCUGGCUCUGGGCUCUGUAUCCGGGGCCACAGCAAACCGAUGGCAGCAGCAGCGGCCCUGUCGGGCGUAGCAGUGCGGCUGUCGCGCUCAGCCACGACCCGCGGCUCGUAUGGCGCCUUCUGCAAGGGGCUCACGCGCACGCUGAUCACCUUCUUCGACCUGGCCUGGCGUCUGCGCAUGAAUUUCCCCUACUUCUACAUAGCGGCUUCGGUGAUUCUAAAUGUCCGCCUGCAGGUACAUAUUUAGAGCAACUAACUUUGUGGCAGUGGGGAGGCCCAGCAGGAUGGCUGACCUCCACCCACUGGCUCACCCGCCCUAGAGCACAGUGCCCAGCUCGCCUCGCGCACACACACUUGCCGGCCUGUCCUGCUGUCGCUCCACCUUUUCAUAUAAACGCGAGGCUAGAAAUCAUUAUUUGUGGAAAGCCUGCAGUCUAACCAGGAAACUCUAAAAUAAACGAGAAGUUGAAUCUCAAGGAAGUAGCUAAUUCAAGGAACAGAACUUAAAAAUCUGAAAAUCCUCAGAAAUAUUUAAGAAGUUCUUCUGUACAUAAAGGGCUUCUUCCCUCGUGGCUCAGCUGGUAAAGGAUCAAAUGAGCACGCACGUUGGGAAAUUACAAUGAGCACAGGAUGCGCUAAAGGAGAAAAAAAAGGAAAAGUUACCAAGGACUUAAAUAAAGUGCACAAGAAUGGUCCAAAUCGGAAGCAAAUCUUCCAAAUUUGAAAAAGAAGUGAAAGGACUUCCCACUGGAUGGAAUCAAUUCUAGGCAAUAGAUGGAUGGAAGCUGGAGGAAACUGA